AUGCCUGAAAAAGAAUCCAAGACUUUGCCGAAGAUGAACAUCUCUUCGGCGUGGACUCUACUACAGAAAGUGUCGACACUCGUCAACAAUCUUUCGAAAUCCCAGGAAGAAGCCCAGUUAUCCAGAAGUACAGACACGCAGACAAUCGAGAAUUUGAAGAAUAAGGUCAAAUUACUUGAAAACGAAUUGAAGGAAGUCAAUCAAGACUUUGAAAGACGGAUCAGGCAGCUCGAGAGCGCGAUUUAUCGUUCGAAGUGA